ACAAUGAACAGCUGUUUGCACUCGUCGAAAUGUAAGCAUACAAAAUUGCAGUCAGCGGUCUGUUAGAGCAAACAAUGGAUACGGAUCUGGAAUCCAUUAAUGGCUUCAGUGCUGGGAAUUCAGCUGCUGAGGUGUUUAUACAAGGAUUGGCGGGCAUGGUCAAUCAAGGCGAUGUCGAGACAAUGAUCAGGGCCCAAAAACAAAUGCUCCAGCGUUUUGAGAAGACCAACGAAAUGUUGCUUAAUUGUAAUGCCCUAUCCCAAAGUCGACUGAAGACUGCCAAUGAGGAUUUCAAGCGUCACGUCAAAUGUCUGGGCGAAAUGAAAAAGGAUCUUGACUAUAUAUUCAGAAAAAUUCGGAUUAUCAAGCAAAAAUUACAACAGCAAUAUCCCGUCAUUUAUGCCGAAGUGCAACCACAACAGCAGCAACGCAGCAGUUUGGCAGAAGAGGCGGAAGAUGAAACGGAAACUGCAUCGACAUCUAAAGCAAAAGCAACAGGAGGAGGGGGAGGAGCAGAAGGAGCAGCAACAGUAGCUGCUGCUGCUUUGCUUACAGUGACCGAAGCUGAAGGUGGAGCAGCAAAAGCAGAAGGUGGAGCAGCAAAAGCAGAAGGUGGAGCAGCAAAAGCAGCAGCUGUCGAUGAAGGGUCAGCUCCUGCAACCACCUCAACAAAGCCAACUGCCGCGUCAGGAUCAAAGAAAAGUGGAGCCACUAUUGAAUACGUUCAAAUGGAAGAAGCUAUAGAUAAUGGUGUAGUAGAACUGGAAAAUGAGCUAAUUAAACGCGUAUGCUCAGUUGAGAUAGCAAAUCCCAAUGAUUCCUCAGAUUGUACAUCUGAGGACACGGGUUAA